AUGUUCCGUGCUGUGCUGCUUAGCCGGGUGUCACCCCGAAUGUUCCCACUUCUGGCUGCUGUGCUAUUCCAGAGGAAAAAGAGGAAGAAUACCGGGCUCUCUCACUGGCAGCGUGAGAAGCAUCCUUACUACAACCUCACAGUAAAAGUCCUCAGAGCCAGAAACAUCCAGGGUACAGAUCUGUUGUCCAAGGCAGACUGCUUUGUGAAAUUGCGUCUACCAACUGCAUCUCCAGUCACUUAUCGAACUCAGGUUGUUGACAACUCCAGUAAUCCAGAGUGGAAUGAAACCUUCCAGUACAGAAUCCACAGUGCUGUCAAGAACAUUCUGGAGUUGUCUCUCUUUGACGAAGACGUUCUGAUAAAUGAUGAACUUACUUCUAUCGUCUUUGAUGUGGGGGGUAUAAAGCCAGGCCAGCCUUUAAAGCGCACUUUCAAGUUAAACCCAGAGGCUCAGGAGGAGUUGGAUGUAGAGUUCUACUUAGAAAAAUGCUCAGGUGCCCCUACUGAGAUCCUCACCAAUGGUGUUCUUGUGGCUCAUCCCUGCCUGUGUCUUCAAGGUGUAAUCAACAAAGAUGAGAAGUCAAAGCAGAGUGAAAAGGGGAGCUGUCAGAUCAAGCUAUCAAUGCCGGGGGCCUAUGAGAAACAGUUGUGCAUUCCUUGCAGACUGGACAAUGAACAAGAUUUUGGGACCCCAUUUGUCUUUCAUGUAGACAAAGAAAUGUGUCCAGACCUGGAGGUGGAACUGGAGCAAACAAUAACUGUCAUACAGGAUGAAAUAAGCUCUGAUCUGGAAAAGCACACUACGCUUCUGGGACAGGGAACUGUACCAGUUAAAUCACUUCCUGUUGGACAGAAAGUAGACAUGGCUGUUCCUUUAGGAGAGGGACAAAGUUUGGAUCUGAGUGUGAAGGCUGAAAAGAGUACUUGGGAUCUUGAUGUACGCCUUGGUUUUGACCUCUGUGAAGAAGAGAGAGAAUUUUUGGACAAGAGGAAGAAAAUAGUUUCUCAGGCACUAAUGAAGACACUUAAGUUAAGAGAAGCCCCUGGGAAAGAUGAGGUCCCAGUUGUAGCAGUUUUGGGAUCUGGUGGUGGGACUAGAGCACUGACAUCAUUCUAUGGCAGCCUGUCAGGGCUUCAGCAGCUCAGCCUUUUGGACAGCACAACGUAUCUGUGUGGAAUUUCAGGUUCUACUUGGUGUUUGUCUGCACUGUAUCAAGACACAGACUGGUCCUGUAAGGACCUCCAAGGUGCAAUCAGCAACGCCAGGGAUAAUGUAUCUAGUAGCAAAGCAGGGGCACUUUCGUCAGAACGAUUGAAAUAUUACUUCCAGGAGCUGAACUCAAUGGAGAAUGAUGGACGGAAAGUCUCUUUCACAGACUUGUGGGGCCUUAUUAUAGAGUAUUUUCUAUAUCAGAAGGAAGACUUGUCAAAGCUGUCUGACCAACAGGAAGCAGUGAAGAGGGCACAGAACCCCUAUCCCAUCUAUGCAGCAAUCAAUGUGAGGCCCAAUAUUAGCGAUGAAGACUUUGCAGAGUGGUGUGAGUUCACUCCCUAUGAGGUUGGAUUCCGCAAGUAUGGAGCCUUUGUCCGAACAGAAGACUUUGACAGUGAGUUCUUCAUGGGGCGGCUGAUCCGGAAACGUCCAGAGCCCAGGAUCUGCUAUCUGCAGGGAAUGUGGGGCAGUGCCUUUGCUGCAAGUCUGGAUGAUGUCUGUCUGAAGAUGGUUGGUUCAGGACUGAGCUUUCUAGAUUCUCUGAAAGAUGUAAUCAGAGUCAUAGAUGAUUGCCAAAGAUUCCAUUUUCGGGAAGCCACUCGGUUAAAGACUCGUCUGGUUAUACCAGGGGGACCCUUAUUACAAAUUUUCCAGGAUUUCUUCAAGUCCCGUGUCACCUCUGGGGAAACCUUCAACUUCAUGCAAGGCUUGUACCUUCACAGAAAUUAUGUCAACAACAGGAAUUUUGUAGCCUGGAAAGGUACACACCUUGAUGCUUUUCCCAACCAGCUGACUCCCAUGGAAGACAGCCUGUACUUGGUGGAUGGUGGUUUUUCGAUCAACUCUCCCUUUCCCGUGGUGCUCCAGCCAGAAAGAGAUGUAGAUGUCAUCUUGUCAUUUAACUACUCUUGGGAUGCUCCAUUUGAGGUUUUACAGUUGACUCAGAAAUACUGUGAAGAACAGGAAAUCCCCUUUCCACAAAUCAUCUUGAGUGAGGAAGAUGAGAAGAAGCCAAAAGAAUGUUACAUGUUUGUGGAUGAUGAAAACCCAAAAGCUCCCAUAGUGCUUCACUUCCCACUGGUGAAUGAUACAUUCCGGAAAUACAAAGCACCGGGAAUAGAACGUGAGUCAGAAGAUGAGAAAUCCUUUGGUGAUUUUGUCAUUGAGGGAAAAGACUCUCCUUACCGCACGCUAAACUUCACCUUUGAGCCCUAUGACUUUGACAGGCUGGUGGAAGUGAACUGCUACAAUGUUCUGAACAACAAGGACAUACUCCUAAAGGCCCUAAAUUUGGCUCUGAGCAGGAGGAAGAUGAAGAAGGGCAAUGGGCAAUGA